CGUCAGAACAAGGGCGGAGCGUUGGAUGAUAUUAGCCUACCAACGGCCGUGGGCGGUGGCCGUACAACUUCAAUCUCAAAUCACCGUAACAAGAAGAAGAAGAAGAAAGUUCGUCCUCUCAAUGGAUAAUAACCUGACCACAAACAACAACCCCCAAACCAAAGACUAUUUACACUAUAACCACACCGAUUCUUGCAACGCCUCUCGUUGGACUGCUAGGGAGUCUUACGUGUUCAUGUAUGCCAGACCAUGGGAAAAAGUGGUCAACUUUUACUCUAACCUGGUCAACGGUCAGACUGCAUUGCAUCACUUGUUUGGAACCAAGUCACAGAACAUUUAUGAUAAUGCUGUUGUAGAACCUUCUGAAUAUGUUGUUACUCCGGCUCAAAAACGAGCGGGACGGUGGGCGCGAAUGAAUUUUAAGAUAGUUAUGUCGUAUCACGGUGGUUCAUUUGAUGGAUGGCAGAAGCAACCGGGGUUAAAUACGGUUCAAGAAGUGGUUGAGAAAUCUCUUGGGAAGUUUGUUGAUGAAAGGAAAGCUGGAUUACUGAAGGAUAAAGGUCUACCACUCGAAGGCAAUGUUGUUGUUGCUGGAAGAACUGACAAAGGGGUCACUGGUUUCCAACAAGUUUGCUCUUUCUAUACUUGGAGAGAGGAUGUUAGACCUGAAGACAUUGAAGAUGCCAUUAACAGCAUAUUACCAGGAAAGCUCAUGGUCAUAUCUGUUUCUAAGGUACCACGUACUUUUCAUCCUAAUUUCUCUGCAAAGUGGAGGCGUUAUAUGUAUAUCUUCCCUUUGAAUGCUGGAGAAACUGGUGAAGAAGAUGCCACAAUAACUUAUGACGGAAAAACUAGUGACCAAAAAUUUAAUUUUAACGAUACUAUUAUAGAAGAAAAUUUAGAAUCGCCAAUUGAUGAUGACAAAAAUGAUGCAGAAAGUAUAAAAAAACCAACCAGGUUCAAAGUUAGCAAGGUGAACAAGAUUUUGCAACAAUUAGAAGGAAAAUUAUUAUCUUACAAGAUGUUUGCACGUGAUACAAAACCCGCAAGAAAUACUGGUCCUCCAACAGAGUGUUUUAUCUUCCAUGCACGAGCCACACAAGUAACUUUACCCAUUGACGCAGAGAAAGGAGAAUAUUUAGAGACAAUGUGCAUUGAAUUGGUUGCUAAUCGCUUCUUACGCAAGAUGGUUCGGGUCCUCGUGGCAACAUCAAUAAGGGAAGCAGCCGCUGGUGCCGAUGAUGAUGCUUUGAUAAAGCUGAUGGAUGCCACAUGUAGACGUGCCACGGCCCCACCAGCACCCCCUGAUGGCCUUUGUCUUGUUGAUGUUGGCUAUAACGACUUCGAUUCACAAACUAGUUUUAUCUUAUAAGGUAAACCUUGAAGGUUUACUUUGACUGGACGAUUUCCUUUCAAGUAACGAGUUGCCAGUUUUGACCUGAACGGGUUUUGUUGUGUUGUGCGUCAAAUGGAGGAAUGGGUCAGACAGGAAGAAAGUCGUAUGAGGUCUAUUAUCUAUGUAUACAAGCAUACAAACUCCUAAAUCAGUCAUUUUAUUCAAAGAUUUAGAUAUUUAUUGUAACAAGUGAUCGUAAUUUACCCA